AAAUUAUAUUUUGUGCAAAUUUCAAAAUAUAUUUUAUGAGAAAAAAAAAAAAAAUGUGGAAUUUAAUGAACGUUAAGGAAAUUUUGUCAAUAAUUAAUGCGAAUAAAAUGUAAUGGUUACCGAAAGUAUUAUGUUGUGUGAUUUUUUUUUUUGUUAAACAGGUUAAGGCGACUAAUAAUAAUAAUCAUAAUAAUAAUAAUAAUACCAACAACAAGAGCCACAAAUCAAAAAGAGCAACCGUUCGUUUCCUAUAACCAGUUCUAAUUGAGAAAGUGUAACUUUUUAUUUUGUACAACGCUAACAACAUCAUCCAUUAUAGGGAAGAUAUGUUAAAAAAAAAAAAGAAAAAAAAGUGAAAUAUAUUUAUGAAAAAAUUAAAGAGAAAAAUUAAAAUAAUUUAAUGGUGUAUAGUUGAGAAAUAAAUAAAUUUUUUUACUUAAAUAUCGAUGCAUAUAUAUCUACUUGCGUUUGUGUUAAUGCGUAUGUGGAUGUGCUCACUCAAGUUUGUAAAUAUAUGUUAAUGGUUUCUUGUUUCAAAAUCGAUGUUUUGAAAGCCAAAUAAGCAACAGCAACAGCAACAAUAGCGCGACAACAAUAAGAAAAACAACAGAGACAACCGACAGUAAAACGAAAUUGAAAAUAAUGCAUAAGAAACGAACGACAGCGAAUUCGUCAUCAUUAACAGCAAUACCAUCACUAUACAGUCAAAGUUGUGGUUGCCGCCAUUGUCAUUAACAGAAUUAGUAGACAUUACAAACCAGCAGCAACAACGAAACCAGUAACGGCUCAGAGAAUAUAGCAAAAAAAAAUAAAAAUAAAAAUAAAGAAAAGAAAAAACAUAAAACAAAAAAACACAUUAACACGAUCAUCAACAAACUGAAACAACUACCACAACAAUAGCACCAACAUCGGCAUUAACACGAUCAACAUCUUCAGCACCAUGUCUACAACCAGUGAUGAUGCAUCACCAAUAGAACAAGAACAACAACAAUAUAUAUUUAACUUACAUAAAAUAGCAACAACAACACCAACAAUAACAGCAACGACAACAAGAUCAUCACUGUCAUUAGCAUCAAGACUAACCCGUAGGCCUCAAAACAAUAGAUCGUUAUGCCGCUCAUACCUCUGGCCAAAAGCGCCUAAAGCGGUUGCGGCUAUUAUUCAAUGGAUAUUAUUAUUGUUAUUAAUUUAUUUUACAACAGAUAUUACUUGUGUAAGCGCUACCUCCAAAGAAGCAUAUUUUAAUGGCUCAGCAUAUUUGCGUUUAUUAUCUCCUAUGCCCAUAUGGGAUCACUCAGCAAUUAGUUUUCGUUCCUGUCGCGGUGGCGAAAUUUUGGCUCAACAAUAUAAUAAAAAUUCAAUUGUAAUCUCUGUGCUCAAUGAUUUCUUGCAAAUCUCCUUAGCGGGACCGGCCGUUAUUGGACCCAAUAAUCGCGUCGACGUUAAAUACUCCUAUCAUUUAUUAGAUAAUCGCUGGCACACAUUGCAGUUCAAAUAUGAAUAUGGAAAUUUACUUUUGUAUAUCGAUCGUGAAGCUCGCAUAUUUGCUAACUCCACUUUUAAUAGUCAAUUUUUAACUAACAAGGACAUAGGGAAUGAGGCAGCUAUUCUAAUUUUGGGUAAUUCGUUUACUGGUUGCCUGCAAGAUGGUCCGGGCUUACAAUUCUUUAACGAUUCAAUGACUGUACAGAAUGCUGUGUUCGGCCCUUGUCCUUUAAGUCAUAACCCUUGCAGUGAUCAUGAUACUCCAUUCCGUAAUCAGGAUUAUUGUUUUAAUGAUCCUUGUAUGGGCCACGGCGCUUGUAUAUCUCAACCGGAUCGCUACGAGUGCCGGUGUACUGCCCGCUAUUCUGGUAAUAAUUGUCAAAAAGACGACGGACCUCCCUGUGAUCGUAAUCCUUGUUCAAACAGUGGCACUUGUUAUGAGGAUAGUCGCGGUGACUAUCAAUGCCUUUGUUCGCCCAAUUUUACGGGCAAACAUUGUGAGACUGAGAUAAAUGUUAAUCCGCUAUGUCAAGUAAGCCCUUGUCAAAAUGGUGGCGCAUGCGUGGUAGCACCCGGUACUUCAACAAUUGAAUGUGAAUGUGCGAAGGGUUAUGCAGGUGCACGUUGUGAAGUCGAUAAAGACGAUUGUGCCUCACAGCCUUGUCAGAAUAAUGGUAAAUGUGUGGAUCGAGUUAAUAGUUUUGUAUGCGAUUGUACGGGCACCGGGUUCACCGGUCCCUUUUGUCAAACUAAUGUCGAUGAAUGCGAUGAAAACAAACCAUGUCACAACCUCGGACGUUGUUUCGACACUUAUGGCUGGUUUAUAUGUCAAUGUCUAGAUGGUUGGGGCGGCGAAUUGUGUGACAAACCUAUCAGUUGUCAAACUCAACAAUGCUUAAACGGUGGCACUUGUCAAGAUAAAUCCAUUGGUUUUCAAUGUAUCUGUCCCCCGGAGUAUUCGGGCGAGUUAUGCCAGCAAGGACCACCGCCUUGCCCUCAAUGCCCAAUCGACUCUGAGUGUAUAAAUGGAAAAUGCGUCUGCAAACCGGGCACUGCAGGCCCAAUUGGUCAUUGUGUACCAACAACACCGACCACAGAUCUACCAGCGUUACCAAGUAAUAAUCCUACAACUCCUACAUUACUAGUAAACAAUGUACCGCAAUAUCGUUCGGCUCAAUUGAAUGCAUGCUCUUCCGAUAAUUGCUUAAAUGGUGGCACUUGCCAGGGAUUUGAUACCAAUUAUACAUGUAUUUGUGCUAGCGGAUAUCAAGGUUUCAAUUGUGAACUACCUUCUUUGGAGGGUACUGUCAGCGUUCCCCCUGGCAGUUGCAAGUGCUUGAACGGCGGCACAUGCUCAUUAAAUGGCACUCAUUGCUAUUGCCCGUCAGGAUAUUUGGGAGAUCGUUGCGAAAAAUUGGAACCUUGCACUGCGAACAAUUGUCAAGAUCCUAUGGUAUGCUCUCAAAAUAAAUGUGUGUGUCCCGAGAAUAAAUUAUGUACGAGUUGCGCACAACAACCAUGUAGAAAUGGUGGCGCCUGCUAUGACUUACCUAAUGGUGACUACGAAUGCAAAUGUACGAGUAGCUGGACGGGACGCAAUUGCAUGAAGGAUGUCGACGAAUGUUUAACUUCACCGAAAAUAUGCGGUAAUGGUAUUUGCAAAAACGAAGAAGGCUCGUAUAAAUGUUACUGCACGCCAGGCUUCACGGGCAUACACUGUGAUUCCGAUGUCGAUGAGUGUUUAAGUCAUCCUUGUCAAAAUGGAGCUACUUGCAAUAAUAAGCUGUUUUUCUUUAAAUACGGAAAGCAUCGGAUUUUAAGACAAAUCAACGCUUAUGAAUGCGUUUGUCUACCCGGUUAUACGGGAAUUAACUGUGAGAUAGACAUCAAUGAGUGCUCCAGCAACCCAUGCACGCCUGGUUCGAAAUGCAUUGAUUUAAUUAAUAACUUCACAUGCUCUUGCAUACCGGGCAUGACAGGACGUUUUUGCGAAAUUAACAUUGAUGACUGCUUUGAUAAGCCUUGCCAACAUGGCGGAAAAUGUAUCGAUGAAUUGGGUGGAUAUCAUUGCAAUUGCACGGGAACUGGUUAUGAAGGACUUAAUUGCAGUUCAAAUAUUGAUGAAUGCGCCACAAAUCAAUGUCAGAAUGGUGCUGAGUGUAUUGAUAAAGUUAACGAUUACUUCUGCAAAUGCCAUCCCGGCUUUCGGGGUAAAAAUUGUGAAAUUGAUAUCAACGAAUGUGAAAGUAACCCGUGCUUAUACAACGGCAACUGUUUGCAGAGGUCCAAUACUACCCUGUACUCUUUGAGUCAAAGCAUGAAUUUGCCUGCCGUCUUCAGCUAUCCGUUCAGUUUUGAAAAUGCUAGUGGGCACGAAUGUGUUUGUGUGCCCGGUGUAAUUGGCAAGAAUUGUGAAAUCAACAUCAACGAAUGUGAAAGUAGUCCUUGCAGCAAACAUGGUACUUGCAAUGAUGGUAUCGGUUCGUACACUUGUGAAUGUGAACCGGGUUUUGAGGGCUUCCAUUGUGAGAUCAAUAUUGAUGAGUGCGAACGUUAUCAGCCUUGUGGAGACCAUGGCACUUGCAUCGAUCAGACAAAUGAUUAUGAGUGCGAUUGUGAUAUGCUAUAUGGUGGCAAAAAUUGUUCAGUGCUUCUAACGGGCUGUUCCGAAGGACCUUGUGCAAACAAUGGCACAUGUAAACCGUAUUUAGUGAAUGAAACUGAACACCUCUAUAAUUGCUCUUGCCAGCAUGGUUUUCAAGGUGAAACAUGUGAGAAGACAACUACGAUCUCGAUGGUAGUUAGUAGCUUAAUUACCGUUAAAACUCAGCGGGAGGAAGGCUAUGAUAUAAAUUUACAUUUUCGUACAACUUUACCAAAUGGUGUAUUAGCGUUUGGAACAUCAGGUGGACAAAAUGAGCCCGUCAGCUACAUUUUGGAACUAAUUAAUGGACGACUGAACUUACAUUCAUCACUGCUUAACAAAUGGGAAGGAGUUUUCAUUGGUUCAAAUUUGAAUGAUAGCAAUUGGCAUAAAGUGUUCGUAGCCAUUAAUACGUCACAUUUAGUUUUAUCGGCAAAUGACGAGCAAGCUAUAUUUCCGGUAGGAUCCUACGAGACUUCUAACGGCAGCCAGCAGCCUUCAUUUCCCCUAACCUAUUUAGGCGGUACGAUACCUAACCUGAAAUCAUAUCUGAGACACUUGACUCAUCGUCCCUCUAGUUUCGUCGGCUGUAUGCAGGACAUUGUAGUAAACGGGAAAUGGAUUUUCCCUGAAGAACAAGUUUACGAUCAAAACACCAAUUUAACUCAUAUUCAAAGUGGUUGUCCUCGCACUGAACAAUGCGAUCCGAAUCCUUGCCAUGAAAACGGCAAAUGUACUGACUUGUGGCAUACUUUCGCCUGCACAUGUCAGCGUCCGCAUUUCGGUCAUACGUGCAAAUAUAAUAUAACUGCAGCCACUUUCGGUCAUGAAAACACAUCGCACUCAGCCGUAGUUGUAGAGACCAAUGACAGCGCUCGUCGUGCCAUACGUUCUAUUUUAGAUAUAUCAAUGUUUAUACGUACACGGCAACCUACCGGUCAAGUUUUCUAUUUGGGCAGUGAUCCCCGCAAAGCUGCUUCCAAAGGAGCAGAUUUUGGCAGCUCUUACGUCGCCGCUAAGUUGAAAGGUGGUGAACUAUUAGUUAAAAUGCAAUUCAAUGGGACUCCUGAGGCUUAUACAGUGGGCGGUAAUAAACUGGACAAUGGCUACAAUCAUCUAAUUGAAGUAGUGCGCAAUCAAACAUUGGUGCAGGUGAAACUCAAUGGGACCGAGUACUUCCGCAAAACUCUGUCUUCGACAGGUUUACUGGACGCACAGGUUCUAUAUUUGGGUGGUCCCGCACCUACUGUCACAGCGGCUGCCGAUAGCAUUGCAACUACUUUGCCAGUUAGUGAAUUAAGUACAGAAUAUGCUCCGGUGAAACCAGAAGACUAUUUCAAAGGCAUCAUACAAGAUGUUAAAGUUAGUAAUGGUUCGCAUACUAUGAUUGUGGAAUUAUAUCCUCUUGAAGAAGAGGAUUUAGCCUUACCGCCACCAUUUGGCAUUAUUACAAUCGAUCGUUCCUCUGUUUUGAAAGGUGAGGUUUCAGAUGAUUUGUGUCGUAAAAAUCCCUGCAGGCACCACGCCAAUUGUAGCAAUACAUGGAACGACUACAUAUGUAAAUGUCCUAAUGGUUACAAGGGGAAAGACUGCCAGGAAAUUGAAUUCUGUCAAUUGGUUAAUUGCCCGGGUGACAGCCGUUGCGAGAAUUUGGAUGAUGGUUAUGAAUGUUUGACAAACAUAACAUUUAGAGGAAAUGAAAAGUCACCCUUAGCGUUUAUUUUCCAACCUGAACAACCCAAUGAGGAAUUUAAACCCAAGCUAAAGCCAAUGAUUGAAAUUGCUUAUCGAACACGAGCUGGCGGUACUUUAUUAUAUAUAGAAAGCCAAGAGAGUUUCUUUGAAAUUGGGGUUAAUCAGGGCCAAGUGACGGUUAUAUGGAAAUUAAAUCAAGAUCCUUUAGGAGAUACCAAACGCUUCAGCAAAGAUAAUUGGGAUGGAAAAGACUGGAGUCAUAUAUUUUUAAGAGCCCAAAGUGGUAAAUUAGAGGGAGGUUGGAAGGGUUGGGAAAGUAUGGUUGAUCCUUCCCCAGCCUUUUCAGCAGAUAUUGAUUUGAACGCCUUCCAAGAUUUGUUGUCGAGUGGAGCUCAAGUAUAUUUAGGUGGCAUGCCUAACGAUAGCCAUCAACUUAGGGGAAGUUUGUACUCCCAACAAGGCUCGCAAUUUAAGGGAUGCCUAGGUCAAGCAAGAGUUGGAGAUCUUUUGCUACCGUAUUUUAGUAACGAAGAAAUGUAUCCACGCAUUAAAAAUGUUUCUGGUCAACCUAAGCUACAAUUUCAUUUGAAUUCAAUUCGUCCUGAAGAAGGCUGUACAUUGUGCUUCCUAAAUGACUGCAAAAAUGGAGGAUAUUGCCGUGAACCUUCGGCUGAUUAUGCCUGCACUUGUCAAUCAGGUUACGAUGGCGACGACUGUUCUAAUGAUAUCGAUGAAUGUUUGACAGCCGAGUGUCUCAACAACUCGACCUGCAUAGACAAAGUUGCAGACUUCUUAUGCAAAUGUUUACCGGGCUACGACGGGCGUUACUGCGAACACGAUAUCGAUGAGUGCGCGUCUGAACCUUGCCAUAAUGGUGGCAAUUGCACGGAUUUAGUGGCCGCUUAUCAUUGUGAUUGCACUGAAGAUUAUGCAGGACCGCAAUGUGAUAUUUUAAAACAAGUUACAUGUGAGAAUCAACCCUGUCGAGGCGGUUCUUCUUGUAAGGAUGGAAUGAACUCAAUGACUGGAAAUAAUUUCACUUGUUCUUGCGUGGACGGCUAUGAGGGUCCCCUUUGCGAGACGGCGUUUUGUGAAAUUACCCCAUGUUUAAACAGUGGCUUAUGCAUUGUUAAUGAAUCAACGGUUCCAAUGUGCCAAUGCAGUUUGGGUUAUGCUGGUCAUUUAUGCGAACGCGACAUAAAUGAAUGCGAAUCAAAUCCUUGCCUGCACGAUGGCCAAUGCCACAAUUUGGUGGGAGGCUAUGAAUGCAAUUGCACCGGUACCGGUUUUGAGGGGUUAAAUUGCGAAAUUGAUAUCGAUGAGUGUGCGACGGGUGUAGAAUAUUGUGGAGGUUUGGGCCGUUGCAUUAAUCAGCCAGGUUCCUUUAAAUGCAUAUGCCAGGAUGCGUUCUGUGGCGCCUAUUGUAAUUCGACUGAUCCCUGCAAACAGCCAGGUGUACAGUUAUGUAUGAACGGUGGUGUGUGUAUAGAAAAUUGCAGCGAGGAAGCCGAUUAUUAUUGCAAUUGUACCGAUGGUUUUACAGGCAAAAAUUGCACGGUAGUAAUGAGCUCUAAAGAAGAACCUAGUCCUGCAGAUAUUGCAAUUAUUGUGGUACCGGUCGUAGUCGUCUUGUUAAUGGUGAUGGCCGCUCUCUUGGCCACAUUUCUGGUAAUGGCUCGCAAUAAGCGAGCUACCCGUGGCACUUAUAGUCCAAGCGCCCAAGAGUAUUGUAAUCCCCGUUUAGAAAUGGAUAACGUUUUAAAACCUCCGCCAGAGGAAAGGCUCAUUUAGUCAAUAGGCAGACUAUUUAAUGAAUAUUUAUUAAAUUUUUUUUUUUUUAGAUGUUAAAAUUUUAAUAAUAAUAUCUUAUAUUUCACCCAUGUCCAUGUUAAGUUUCUAACUUAAACGUAAGUAUCUAGUUAAACGAAAUUCUAUAUUUUAAAAUUGUUAACUGUCUGUAAGAGAGUGUCUGUUUUUGUUUAGGUGCCAAUAUAUUUAUGAAAAAUAUUGCCACUUUCAAUUUACUACUCUUAGAAAACAAAUAAGGAAAUUAUGACUUAAUUUUUUUUUUUUAACUCUAUAUUAAAAUAUGUAUUAAUAAUUUCAGUAU